AUGAUCUUCUCUCAGAGCUCGCUUUUCCUCGCUGUGAGCUUAGCAGCGUCGACAGUAGUCGCUACGAAGGAUGGCUCGUCUCGACCGCGAGGUGUUGCUCCGGAAUUCGCCAAAUUCUACAAAGACCCGGAUAUUUUCGCCUGUAUCUCCCACCCAGCACUCCAAGUCUCCUCCUCCGCCAUAAACGACGACUACUGCGACUGUCCCGACGGCAGCGAUGAACCCGGCACAUCAGCCUGCUCGCACAUCUCCCACCACUCCCCAUUAUCCGUUGCCGAUCGCCCGGGGGCCAAUGAUCUCGAUCUCACCUCUGCCCUGCCGGGAUUCUACUGCAAGAACAAAGGCCACCGGCCCUCGUAUGUCCCGUUCCAACGGGUCAACGAUGGUAUCUGUGACUACGACUUCUGCUGCGACGGCAGUGAUGAGUGGGCCCAUGUAGGUGGUACCAAGUGCGAGGACCGAUGCAAGGAACUCGGCAAAGAAUGGCGGAAGAAGGAGGACAAGCGGCAGAAGUCGAUGACCGCUGCGUUGAGGAAAAAGAAAGAUUUACUGGUUGAUGCUGGGCGUCAGGAGAAGGAGAUUGAAGAUGAUGUGCAGCGUUUGGAGACGGAAAUUGAGGCGCAUGAGAUUAAGGUCAAGAAUCUUGAGACGGAUCUGGAGGAGGUGCAGAAGCAGGAGCAGAGCAAGCUUGUUAGGGGGAGAAAGAAGGGGAAGGUUAAUGUGCUGGCUGAGGUGGCUAAGGACCGGGUUGAAGAGCUUCGGGAGAACUUAAUUGAAGUUCGUAAGGAGCGGGACGAGACUCGCUUGCAGGUUAAGGAACUCGAGGCCAUUUUAUCCAAGUUCAAGGAGGAGUAUAAUCCCAACUCCAACGAUGAGGGCGUCAAACGUGCGGUUAGCAGCUGGGAGGAGUAUGCUGCCAAGGGUCACAGCGAUGGAAACCACGCCCGGGAUCGGGACUUGGAUGAGAUCUCCAAGCCUGACGACGAGAAAUCGGGAGUCAACUGGGAGCACUGGGAGAAUGAGGAGGACAGCUGUGAAAUGGAUGCUGUCUAUCAUCUUGCAGCCUACCUUCCUCCAUCGCUGGUUAGCUUCCUUGAAGACCAGUUCAUUGUCUUCCGUGGCUUCUUGGAAAAGAACGGCUUCCUAUCCAAGAAGUCCGUGGAGUCCGGCUCCGAAUCUCAGGCCGUGCAGGAUGCGCGCGAGGCUCUUAAGGCAGAAGAAAAGAGCCUUGGAGAGACCCGGAAACAAUUGCGAAACAGGCGAGAAGACCUGGAAAUCAACUACGGCCCAGCAUCCGUUUUCCGGGCGCUCAAGGGUGUGUGCAUCGUUCGCGACGCUGGCGAGUACACCUACGAGCAGUGCUUCCUGGACCAGACUAAGCAGAACUCGAAGAAGGGCGGUGGAUCGAUGCGGAUGGGCAACUUCCAGCGCAUUGGCAGCACCACCAUCGAAGAAGUCAACGAGACGGGCGACAUUGUGACUGUGGAGCGAACUACCCUGGAAUAUGUACGGGGCCAGACGUGCUGGAACGGACCGGCGCGGUCGACCAAGGUGGUCUUGGAGUGUGGAGAGAACAAUGAGAUUCUGAAGGUGAGCGAAGAUGAGAGGUGCGUGUACUCGAUGAUUGUCACUACGCCGGCCGUCUGCGCCGGAGGAGAGGAAGAGGACGCGGCCCCAAGGGUCAAGGACGAACUGUAG